AUGGAUGUACCGGUCAACGACUUGUACAGCGGCUUGAACAUCCCUCCACAAACUAAGCGUCAACGAAAAGACGAGGCGAAACAAAAGAAUGACAACCGCGACAAAGAAGACGAUCGUACGACAGCGACGGAUCCUAGUGCAACUGUCAAGCGGCCGCGACUUGCAAAGAAACCGCGGGGCAUUUCUGACACGAUGAAAAAACUUGAAAAACACCUGCUCAUGGACAAAACAUUUGCCAAAGCCAGUGCAUUGUUCAGCCAGUUCAUUUCGGAUCACUUGACCUCCGAGUCAAGUGCACUCUUUCUACAGACUUUGACUACGGUCAUGGACGAAAAGCGCGGGACUUUGAGCUGCAAGACCGAGUGGAAAGAGUUGCAAACACUCAUGGAGAUGCUCGAUACAAAGCGCGACGUGAUUCUAAGUGUUCGAGACGAUAGUGAGCGGAGAGAGCGAGAGCGAAAACUCGACGCAUGGAAGUUCUCCGUCGUUACACACAAGCAGCUGUGCACGGACGAAACGUAUCAGUUCAACAAAGCUGCAAAGGCCGUAAAGUUUCGAUUUGAAAAGACGAUUGACAAGGGAAAAGGUCAAGAGAAAGUGGCGCUGGCACCUGAGCUACAUACUGAGUUGAUGCCGCUACUGCGCACGUUGUCCGACAAAGUGAAUGUAGCAUGGGCUGCAACGAUUGUCGAGGGUGUGUUGGCGUUAGCAACGCGCCAUCGUUUACUGUUCAGUGCACAAGACCGCGUCGAGAUUGAUGGAUGGACAAAAAUCGUGAAAGAUCGUCGUAGUGCACCGCCAAUCGCUCGAUCCGCCGCGUCUGACGCCCGACGCAACAUUGUCGCCAUCAAUGGGUAUGAACAUUCGGAAGCUGGCGCUAAGGUUCCUGGCCGAUACAACCACCCACUCUUCAACAAAGAGAUAUGA